GCCCCCUUGGUUGACGCCAUUUCUGCCAGGAAGGAGAAGAAGCAGAAGGGAAAUUAGGAUUCUAUGGAGCCAACUCUUGGGUUAAUAUAGGAAGACGGAAGAAAUAGUCUCAAGGUGAUGAUCUUGCCGAUUCCUGACUUCACUUACAGAUAAGAAAGGGAAAAAAGUAGUGCCAAGUAUCUGUACUGCAAUUCAACACACAUAUCACUGUUGACAUGGAGGAGAAAGCAUUUAAAUGCCUGGAGUGUGGAAAGAGUUUUACUCAGAGGGAUCAUCUGCAGCAACAUGAAAAGACCCACACUGGGGAGAAGCCCUAUAAGUGUCUGGAGUGUGGACAGAGCUUCAGUUAUCGUUCAUAUCUACAUAGACAUCAAAGAACACAUACUGGGGAGAAACCCUAUGCAUGCUUGGAGUGUGGAAAGAGCUUCACUGAGAAUAGAAGUCUACGUGUGCAUGAAAGGACUCACACUGGGGAGAAACCCUAUAAAUGCCUGGAGUGUGGAAACAGCUUCACUCAUAGUUCAAAUCUACGUAGACAUCAAAGGACCCACAUUGGGGAGAAGCCCUAUAAGUGUCUGGAGUGUGGACAGAGCUUCAGUCAUCAUUCAUAUCUACAUAGACAUCAAAGAACACAUACUGGGGAGAAACCCUAUAAAUGCCUGGAGUGUGGAAAGAGCUUCACUAAUAAUUCAAAUCUACAUGUGCAUAAAAGGACUCACACUGGGGAGAAACCCUAUAAAUGCCUGGAAUGUGGACACAGCUUCACUCAUAGUUCUCAUCUACAAAGACAUCAAAGGACCCACACUGGGGAGAAGCCCUCUAAGUGUCUGGAGUGUGGACAGAGCUUCAGUCGUCAUUCAUAUCUACAUAGACAUCAAAGAACACAUACUGGGGAGAAACCCUAUGCAUGCUUGGAGUGUGGAAAGAGCUUCACUGAGAAUGGAAGUCUACGUGUGCAUGAAAGGACUCACACUGGGGAGAAACCCUAUAAAUGCCUGGAGUGUGGACAGAGCUUCAGUAACAAUGGAAAUCUACGUAAACAUCAAAGGACUCACACUGGGGAAAAACCCUUUAAAUGCCUGAAGUGUGGACAGAGCUUCAUUGAUACUUCAAGUCUCCAUAGACAUCAAAGAACUCACACUGGGGAGAAACCUUAUACAUGCCUGGACUGUGGGCAGAGCUUCACUCAGGGUUCAAGACUGCGUUUACAUCAAAGGACUCACACUGGGGAGAAACCCUAUAAAUGCCUGGAGUGUAGUCAGAGCUUCACUCAGGGUUCAAGUCUGCAUUCACAUCAAAGGACUCACACUGGGGAGAAACCCUUUAAAUGCCUGGAGUGUGGAAAGACCUUCAGUAAUAAUUCAAAUCUACAUGUGCAUAAAAGGACUCACACUGGGGAGAAACCCUAUAAAUGCCUGGAGUGUAGUCAGAGCUUCACUCAGGGUUCAAGUCUGCGUUCACAUCAAAGGACUCACACUCGGGAGAAACCCUAUAAAUGCCUGGAGUGUGGAAAGACCUUCAGUAAUAAUUCAAAUCUACAUGUGCAUAAAAGGACUCACACUGGCGAGAAACCCUAUAAAUGCCUGGAGUGUGGACAAAGCUUCAAUAACAAUGGAAAUCUACGUACACAUCAAAGGACUCACACUGGGUAGAAGCCCUAUAAAUGCCUGGAGUGUAGCAAGAGCUUCAUUCACAGUGGACAUCUACGUAGACAUCAAAGGACUCACACUGGGUAGAAACGCUAUACAUGCCUAGAAUGUGGACAGAGCUUCACUUGGGGUUCAAAUCUGCAUUCACAUUAAAGGAUUCACACUGGGGAGAAAGCUGAUACCUGCCUGGAGUGAGGAAAGAGUUUUACUGAGAGUGAACUUCUACAUUCACAUCAAAUUACUCACACUGGGGAGAAACCCUAUAAAUGCCUGGAUUGUGGACGACACUUCACUCGUAAUUCAAGUCUAUGUUCGCAUCAAAGGACCCACACUAGGGAGAAGCAGUGAAUGGAGUGUGGAAAGACCUUCUCUGAGAGUUCAAAGCUACAUAGACAUAGAAUUCAAAUUGGAAAGACCAGUAGUAUUUGACCCCAGAGAGACUCCCUAAAACAGAACUUUGCCAACUUUUCAUGUUGCUGACACUCUUUUUAGACAUGCUUCCUUUCGCAAUGGAUGUAUGAUUAAUGAUUUUCGGAACGGUCCCAGAUUACAAGUAUGGAUGACAUGAUUUUAAUAGUGAUUAUAAUGUUUAUAUGUUUUAAUGUGCAUUUUUCUUCAAAUUUUUAAUUUCUUAAAUUGUAACUUAAAUGUAUUUGUUGUUCUUUAAAGACAUCAAAUAGUUGCCUUUUGUAAAGCCGCCUUGC